GUUGAAAAAUUGUCACCCAACAAACUAUUGAACUGGAAGGGAUUGGACUAUUUUGUGCUUUAAUAGAAUCCCUUUUCUUUGUUUUUUGUUUCGAGUCGCGUCUAUGUGUUCUUAAAGAUGUCGUUUGUGAGAGUGGGGCGUCCACAGCAGCACAGCAAAGGGAAAAGGCCUGUUCGCCCAAAGAAAGCAGCAGCGACCAGAAGAGACUGGGUGAGCACUGUUAAUGACUUGUCUGUGCACAAGCUGACGCCUGCAGAGCUGAGCCACCGGCAUGAGAUUCACAAGUCCCACAACCAGGCUGCAGCUCAGUGGGAGCUGAAAGAGAAAGCCCUGAAACGCCAUCUCCGACACGGCGGCAGUCCUGUUCACCUGGACAAGGCCAGCCUGAGCAUCAUCAGGGAGGUUUUCUCUGAUCAGCUGCUGCUGCAGGAUGUGUUGGCUCGGUCUGACAGAGCCAUGGCCAUGGUCAAGGACAUAUUUGGAGAUGCACCGCGCAGACAAACUGGGCAUCCCAGUGUGACUGUAGCUCCAGACUGCGACUCUGACUCAGAGCUGCCCGUCCUCCAGAGACCAGAUCCUCCAACGCAGCUGUCUCUUCUCAGCCAGUCCAUGAUGGAUCAGGAGGCUCUAAAUGAAGUCGACCUCAGCGACGCUCAUCCUGACAGUCCAGACUGUCGUGUAGUCCGAAGGGUUAAUCUACGUAAAUUUAAGGGACGGCCUCGGGGGAGAACAGUGCAACAACAGCUCAUCCAACAUCCCAACUAUCACCGAGACGACGAUCCUGUGACUCCCUCUUCAUCCGGCAGGAUACCAGACCGAGCAGCUCUUAAUGCCACUGUGGCUGUUCGACGCAUCCGCAGCAAAAACAGCAACUCAGACGACAGCAAGGAUGAAAUUUCAUCGAUGGUUUCUCAGGUUCUAAAUCCUGAACGUCUCAAUCAAACAGAUAAGUCCACCAGCCACAGGAGCAGGAAUUGUGUUUCUGGUAGUUCAGAGCUGGAUGGGUCGUCUGCAGGUGGGAAUCAGUCCGGUCUGGGCCUGCUGCAGGCCUUGCUCCAUCAGGUGGAAGCAGACUUGGAUUCUCUGAGUCCAGAGACGGCGCAGAAUCCGAAGGAGCACAGGACUCAAGGCCUCACUGGGUUCUCUGCGGCCUUGAUCUCCACUCUGGGACGUUUAGUCCACCUACUGAAGCAGAGAGAAGAUGAAAAUCGGAAAGAGGCUGAAGAGAGAAGAAGACUGGAAAAGGAGCUGAGCGAGCAGAGAGCGCUGAUUGAUGCCCUGACAGCCGAGACAAUGACUCUGAGAGAAGAAACUGCUUCCCUGCAAGCAGAGUUGCAGCAGCGGACGUCAGAACUAGAGGAGAAGUUGGAUUCAGUGGUGCUGGUGAUGGGAGGACUCGGACUUCUCGGCCAACACAGCGACGCAUCCCAAGUCUUGGAUGUCAGCGCUGCAGAAUGUCAUUCUGCACCUGUCGCUGAGCGAGGACCCAGACAACCACAGGUUCUAGUUUCUCCUGCUAUCCUGCUUUCUCCACCUUGCCAGAGUGAUAAAAGGCAACAUAAUUCAGCGUCUUAUCCUGUGCAGCAGCAGCAGCUUCCUCCUCUGGCUCCCCAGCAUUCCAGUGAGGACGCUCGGGCUCACGGCUCAGCCUCGAGCCUUAACAGCCUCCAACCUCCGAGACGCCCCUCCGCCUCCUCGCUGUCGCUGUCCUCGGACCGUCUCCACCCGCGGCUCUCUCCAGAGGCGAUGCUGGCCGAGAUCUCUGAGCUGAGCAGACAGACCGACGCGAUCAGAGCUCAGCUCAGCCAGGCUCGAGGCGUCAGCCCAGAAGCGGGAGGAUCGCUCAGCAGCGGCAGCGAGCAGAGGAGAUCUGGCUCCAGCAGCACCGGGAGAGGCGCAUCGCAGAGGACUGUGACUCCUGAAGAGCCACGGACUCCACAGGCAGCGACGCCUCUCCUCAGCGUGGAGCAGCGCCUGCUGGAGUUGAACAGGCAGAACGCAGCAGCCAGGGGGCGACUGCUGGAGCUCAUCGAGCAGCAAAAACAAAGUGUUUCAGUCAAAGUGUCGCCCUCCGUCUCCCCCAUCCCGCCGUCCGCCUUCAGCCCAGAAGCAGCCGCUGGAAAAAGCAGCAUAGAAGACGUGUCGCUGCUGCAGUCUGCUGGCUCUGAGUUAUCUCCUCACCGUUUUGGAGCACAGAGGAUUGAAGGCAAAUCACAGAUGAACAGACAGAAACAACAGGAAGGAUGGUUCUCAUUGUCUGCUCAUGUGAGAUGACAAGAAGCACUACCACAGAAACCUGAAGGAAUUUUAUACAAGUUGAGAUUUUAGUAUUUUAUCCUGCUGUUUUAAUGACUGAAUUAAAGUAUUUAAUUUUAUUUUAACCCUU